CAGGGUUCUUAAUACUCUGGACACCCUCUCCCGGCUCUGAUCGUGCCGUCUGUGGUCUAAAGUCAAGUAUUGCAAUGCGGUCGGUCAGACUCAAGGCCUCUACCGCGAUCCGGGAGCUUUGUGCACCCUGAAAAUCACAUCGACAUCAUGUCGACCUGGGCGGCGCUCAAUAUUGAGCCGGAUGAGCUGAUCGAGGAAGAGGUUGAUGAUACGAAGGAAAUUCAGAUCGAAGAAGCACUCAAACUCUACCAGAAUGCUUUAAAGCUUCACUCCCAAGGGCCGCAGUUCUACGCCCAGGCCGCAGAAGCAUAUGAUGCCCUGCUGGAUUCGGAGAUAUUCAAGUAUCCCGAAUCCAUCUCCGACUACAAGCGCGCUAACGUACAGGACUCCGAUCUAUCGGUCGAUCUUGCUGGAGGAGCUGGUGCUGCAGAGGCACUUGCCGAGUUUGACAUCAAUGACUCCACUUCGAGCACUUUGAUGCAGACGAUUUACCUGGCUUACAAGAACCAUGGUCAGUUCUUGUUGGACACGUUACGUGCAGCCCUGGAGGGGCUGGCAACCGACGUGCAAGGUGCGGAGGAGCUACCCGCCCAAAUCACCCAACAGGCCAGCACGGCCCUAGCAUCGUUCGCGGAGGCGCUGGAGCGCGAUGAUUCCGAUCUCAACCUCUGGAGGCAGAGCGCAAGACUCUGUAGCACGCUACAGAGCUACCGCCUCACGCGGUACUGCUUGGAAAGCGUCCUGGCUGAUGACGAGAACCGUCUGGAGGUCCGCACCGAACAGCUAGGCUUGGAGGAGACGUUUGCUGAAGAGCGUCUGCGCGAAACUCUGUUGUCCGUGCACGACCGACUAUCUGUCUCACAGGUCCCUCUUAAGAAGCCGAAAAAGUCUCUUCUGAGAUUCCUCAGGAAACAAGCCGAUCCCUUCCCUUACCUUCCGGCACUGCCACAGCAACUCCAGGAUAUGCAACCAUCGCGGUCACCUCUUCCUCUGCAGAGCUCGCCUCAUGAGGUCAGGCCUGUCGGCCCUACGUGGACAGCGCUAGGAAAAGCUAUCCUCCAGUCACUCAUUGACGACGAAUCCGGUGUUUCUGAGAUCAGACCUGGAUCGUCGGUGCAUAUCUCGCUUCCAGCGCUCAGCCCCGAGUCGAAGAGUACCAGAGAAGUUGCAACUCCCGUGUACCACCCGCCAGCACACAAGGUGACCUCUGAGGGGCAACCGCCUGUUCCUGCACCUACUGAACCUGAGCAGGCUACGGAUGAGCCGCUCCGCGUGAAAUCAGAAGGCCCUGACGACCAUUCCUCGAUUGAUCAACGUGCGGAAAAGCAGCUUAUGGAAUCACUAGAGACACAAUCGGUGGAGCCUCCCAAUCAGGCCAAUCAGCCAGAAAGCGUUAACAUGGAUGACGCUAGUGCAAGACCUCCGCCUGCCGGUCGCAAGCGAUCUUCUGCAUUCUUCCAGCCUGACGAUGUCGAGAAUCUGAGGGCGAAGAGCAGGAGAACACGGCUUCGAGAGUCAACCGCGCAUGCUGACAGUUCUUCGCAGGCAGUGGAUCCGGCUGCGGAAUUCGCCAAAUUCUACGAAGAUCGCCUCGAAGGAUAUGUGCACGCUGAUGACUCGAUACAGUCUGCUGUAGGCGCUUUAUUGGCCAAGCUCGGGGUCGAAGACCUCAGUGACAUUGAUGAGCUCAGAAAAGCAGUGCGGUCGAUUGGUGACCGGAAAAAUUCGGUUGAUUCCUCAACUGAAGAUUCCCACGACGGUCAACAUCUGGUCCGAGACCUGCUAGACACAAUCCGAAACUGGGAUGAAGUAAGAUCCCAAGUCACCUACCAACCCGACAGUCUGUCUACGCUUCAAGAUAUCCGAGGACUAGGAAACUCCGGGCUGGCUAUAUUCUUGGACCAUUCGAGGACGUCGGCUAGGAAGCUAGGGAUAAAACAGGCUCUUGCCGAUGAUGAGAAACUCUACAGGCUCACUAGGACGAUCAAUGAUGAUUUCGUGCAUAUUCGCGAUGCUGCCCUUGCCUGGCUCAAAGCUCUCCUGAUGCCAAAAUUCGCAUUGCAUGCGACGGAUCAUAAUGUGCCACAAAACUGGCCGGCUAUGGAGUCCGCAUACACAUCCUUACAGUGGCCAGACUCGCUGAAAGAGACUGUGGUGCAACUCAUACUGAACCAGGAUGAGUUCAUUUACAGAAACAUGUGCGAGCAGGUCGAAAGCCUAGAGUAUGAGAUUCUCACCCGCCAAGCUGACUCUACCUUUUCUUACACCGCUGCUCAUUUCUCUGUCCUUGAAAUGAUUCAAACACUCUUUGAACUUCACCUUGACAUAUAUGCGUCAAUUAAUAAUCCUAAUAGUGAGGUGGACGGAAGAACGAGGCUUCAGCAGCGCGAUCGCCUGGGAAGGUGGAGCCUUCUCGCACGCACUGCUCUGACACACUUCUUUGACCACAGCUCCUCAAACACUAGCUGCCAGCAAAUCUAUGCUCUUCGCCACAUCUGGGCUUCGACUUUUCACUCCAACAUGGCUAGCGACGUGCAAAGGGAGCAUGUAUUGCUCUGCCUUCAAGACCUGAAAUACCUUUUCAACGGUCUGGAAAAUCCAGUAAUUGGCCUUGUGAACAAUGCCAUCAUGCCUGAUCUAUCUUCUGAAGCCGUCGAUCAAGAGAUUUCUAAGCUUAAGUCGAUGGACUUUUUCAUGAAGAUAUUCAAUCCCAACUCUGAGGAUCCAGUGGAUCUCAUUGAGACCAUUGAACCUAUUCUCGAGCCUGCUUCUGUCCAGUUUGAAGGGGUUGACGAGGAGAACGAGCCAACUCAUGAACCCACCGCUCAAAUUACUGAGAUGGGCUCAUUCCUGGAUCGCGGCGACGCCACGCUGAGACUCUUCCUUUGGCGAAGACUGCAAGACGCCUAUAAGAAGAUCGACUACCCACCCAAAGUUAUUUCCUGCUACUUGCGCAGUAUUGAAAUCAUAAUGAAAGAGCUUCAAAUCUCAUCGCAAACCGACGAACCUAGUGAGCACCGUCAAAUCACCCUGCUCCGGUGGCUGAAAUCACUCGACAGCAUUUUGAACAAGACCGUAACAGCUGUGCUACUCGACACUGACAAAGCAUAUGAGUGUUUUGACACGGAUCAUCUGAUAGCUUCGGUAGCUGCAGUGGCCUCUCUGACCCGACUCCUUUAUGGAUUCUCUAUGUACGAGGAUCUACUUCGCGUCGGUGUGGUCACAGGCCCAGAAGUUCGCGGGGCACUGUCGAAGUCUCUUGAAAGCUUCAAGGAUAGAUUGCGCGAGAUGCAGGUCCGCUGCUGGAUCUUGCAAUAUACACUGGUAAAAGAAGCCAUGAUCCAAGAAAAAGAGGAGUUCGGCUCCCCUACGGAAGAUCAAGUGAACUACUUGCGAGCAGUACAUCAAUGCUUGGGCAUCCGCUAUAUGUGCAAAUUGUCUCAGAAGCAAUUCCUGAAACUCAUGAGGUCGGAGCUCUUUGCUAUAGGGAUUAAUGACGACACUGAGUGGGACAUAUGCCAGCUCCUCUACGAUAUUAAUGGCAUCAAGUGUUCGCCGCUGUAUGGCGAGUUAGAUGAUCACAAAUGCCCAACGGAAAAGCUGGAUCGUACCACGGCUAUCACCAUGGUCAACUUGGUUAUGAAGCAGGCUCAGCGAUUGAGCAUCAAAGAUCUGUCUAAAUCGGAGCUGAAAUCCACUAUUGAGAAGAUGCAGCAGGCUAUUGGUACUACGAAGUCGUCGCCUCCGCUGUCGUACAAUAAGCGCAUCACAAAUGCAUACCUAAAGUCGCCGAUCAAUCCUUUGGCUCUGUUCAGAUCAAUGCAAGGAGUAGCGAGUUUAUCCUUGAUCCCAGUGCUCACUGAAAGUGCUAUCAUCGCUCGGAAUGGCUGGUACUUCCUCUUGGGAUAUGCGGCUUUGACAAGGUUCCGCUCACAGAAGCGCUUGAAUCCGAUCCCAACAAAUGACCUUGACGAUGCCGUGAUGUGCUUCAGACAGGACAUCGAGCAUGGAACGGCUCGAUGGGAGACUUGGUACCGGCUGGCGCAGACAUAUGACUCCAAGUUGGAGGAAGAUAUCACUUGGUCUGCUGACAGGAUCAACAAUAACCGAGCAGAGCUGGUGACAUGGCAACGGUAUGCUAUUCAUUGCUAUGCAAUGGCCAUUUCGACGGCCAUGAGUAAUUCGGAGCCCACCCCUGAGACUCGCGAGAUGCUAGCGGACCUGUUUACAGACUUCGGGAUUCGCCUAUACUCAUCUUCGAGGGAGCCACUCUCUAUGGGAGCAUUUAGCCUAGCAGAUUUCACGCGGCACUUCAGCAACGAGGAGAGUCAGAGCAUGUAUGAAGGCCGACCAUUCAAGGAGAUGAAACUAUACUCCGUGUGGAAUCUAGCCAGCUACCUUCUCAAGCGGGCUUUGAUAGAUAAGCCCAAGAAUUGGAUGACGCAUUACAUGCUAAGCAAAUGUCUCUGGAAGAUGUAUAGCUGUGAUGACUCCGUCAGGGGGCCUUUCAAACAGCUCGAUAUCGACACUUUGCUAGAUUCUUUGCUUGACGCGAUUGAUGCUCUCCCGCAACGUAGGGAUUCGCGCUCGGAACCGAUAUUUGAACCUCACUACAAGCUGGUGACGGUGGUGCACAAGUUGGUUCGACGAGGAGCUUUAGAGCCCGCCGAUGCCUGCAAAACUCUUUUCGCUACGCCCUGGGCUCGCAAGGUGAAACCACCCGAAGACAGGGCUUCAUGGAAGCCCUACAUUUUGGAAGUGCUUCACAAUCUAAAGAAUGCGGAUAAAUCCAACUGGCACCAUCGUAUGGCAUACAGAGCUGCCCGAAUCAUCUACGAAGACGAUCAAGAAUCCAUUGAUGCUGCCUCUAUGGCCAAAAAUGAGCUCACGCAGCAGAUCUUUACCAAGACCAUGACGAUCCAGGUCUGGCGGCCAGAAAAUGAGCGUCCCGGGCGACACUUUGUCUAUACCACGCGCUAUGCCUACUUUUUCGUCGCUUUGCUAGAUCAGCUCGAUGACCGCGCCAACUUGGACCAACUCCUCCGCCGUGUACGCAAAAAGCAAGGCGACUUUGUCAACCACGCCAAACUGUGGGAAGAUAUGUGUCUUACCUACGCGGGCGUGAUCCGGCGUGCGGCACACAUUAGCGAAGGCCACGAGGAGAGUGUGUUCAAGCCUAUCGGCUGGGAGGAGUUCGUUGCCAACACGGCGCGCCUAGAGGGCCUGACAGACCUUGCUCCAGGGAGCGACUCCCUCCUCGAACUCAUUCGCGACGCGAUAGAACUCAAAAAACUCAACAACAACCUCAUGAAGGUCGCGCUUCUGGAGGACCUGAUCGCCGACGUUUACUCGCGCCUUUACCAGAUCAACAUGCCGCAGGUCCUCGAACAGGCCAACGAAGAGAACAAAGAGAAGCUGAAGGUGGACAGCCUCCCCGGCGCCGGUGGCACGAUCAACAGCGACGGCGCCGCCGACAACACCCCGACGCCGCCCACCUCGGCGCCGGCCUCGGAAGCCCCCGCCCCGCGCGGCCGCACCAAGGGCAUCGCAAGGCGCGACAUCCAAAAGCGCUCCGAAGCCAUCGUUCAUCGGAAAGUCCCACCCCGGCUGCCACCCACCAGCAACGCCGCUGCCGCUGCCACCGCCGCCGCCACCGCCAACGCUACCUCUUCCACCUCUGCGGCUCCCACCGCAACAGGAGCCAGCGGCAGCAGAAAGACCCCUACGGGUGCGGACCCCACCUCCACUGCGCUCGACACCCCCUCGCAUCUCUCCGACUCAACCGCUACAGCCACCGGGCCAGAUGCCAAGAUUCAUAGAACCGGCACCACCAACAGCAGCAGACUACUUCUGGCCGAGGAAUUUGCCCCCGGUCAGCAGAGCGAUAUUCCCGCUAGUUUGCAUGAUAGUGCCGACGACGAGAGCGAGCUCAGCGAGAUGGACGAUGAGAAGCUGUCGAAGUUGACGACGGAGCGCAAGCUUUUGUUUCCGAACUUGCGCGAGGCGUCGAUGGACCCGGAGUCGGAGUUGGAGGGUCUGGCGAGCGGUGCAGACGGCGAGGACGUCGAGUUGGGCGAUGCGGAUGGCGAGGAGGAUGAAGAGGAAGAGGAGGGUGAACGAGAAGGCGAAGAGGGCGAUACGAUGGUCGAGGAUGCGGAAGAUGAGGGCGCUGAUGGUGAAGGCGAGGGGGAGGGCGAAGGGGAGGAGGUCGAAGAAGGCGACGACGGGGAUGUAGACAUGGAAGGUGAUGAGGAGGAAGAAGUGGAAGAGGAAGAGGAAGUCGCAGAGGAAGAAGAGGUGGACGAGGAAGAGGAAGGAGAAGAAGAAGAAGAAGAAGAAGAAGAGGUUGGUGGGGAAGACGAUGACGAAGGCGCCGAUGUCGAAGGCGACGAAGACGAGGAAGAAGAACCCCUAGAGGGGAAUGAGACCGUUGAUGAAGCUGAAGCUGAGCCUUCUCAGCUCGAGGUUGCGGGCACGGACGACGACGAUGAGGAUGAGAACAUGACUGAGCAGGAACCCUAGUCUUCAUCCCUGCUUCUUAUCUUCUUUCCGGGUCUUUUGUUUCUCUAUUCCACAUCGCAUUAGCUUCGAUUCCCAAUUUGUGUCAUUAUCUCUAAGCACAGGCUCACCAGAAUGCCUGUCUAUUUAAGGAGAAACAAGCAAUGGCCAGCAUUACAGAGGCGUCAGCCACUUGAG